AUGAAACUCUUCAUCGCUCUUACUACAUCGCUCUUACUUGCUGUGGGCCAGGCCAGCUACAACCCGGCGAACGACAACCUGGACAUCGACGCGGUGGUCAGCAACCCGGAGUCGCUUAAGGCCUGGUUCAACUGUUUCGUGGACAAGGGCCCGUGUGAUAAGGUCCAAGCCAUCGCUAAGGCUGAUCUGCCCCAUGGGAUACAGCAUGCGUGUGCUAAAUGCUCGGCGCCACAGAAGGUUAUCCUGAAGAAAUUCCUUGCUGGCUUGAAGGAAAAGGCCCCCGCCGACUACGAAGUCUUCAGGCAGAUGUUCGACCCAGAAAACAAGUAUUUUGGACCGUUGGAUAAGGCUAUUGCAUAAAUUAUGGCACUCGAUAUGCCCCAAUAAUGUUACAGGCGUAAUAAACGCGUAUGUUUUU